AUAGCCAGGAGACGCCGGUCAGUUUCCGGUUGACGUGUAAUGGCCGACAAACAGAAAAAAGAAACAACACCGCCGCCUUUGCUGCUUAUGCCGGCUGGUGGUGGUCUAACUCUUACUCCACCUGACCAGCCAAGUCUUUAUAUGCCGGUCGUACAAUCUGAACCCACUCUCUUUGGUGCAGAUGAUGGGCUUGGCGAGGCAGACAGCUUUGUUGGUCAAUCACCCCCUCAACCAGUAGGUGUUCCACCAACCUCAACAGUGUUAAAAAGUAACUCUGUCCCACAGAUUGGUCCUGGAACCCCAGUUAGACCUCAGGCUAGUCGACCACCCCAAAACAUGAUGCCACCACUGGCACCCACUUCACAGGUUCCUUCAUCAGGAAGCACCAUGUCUACGGUUCCACCUAUGCCUAAUGCAAGUGGUUUAUCAAGUUUGUAUCGCAAGCAUGGCUCUAGCAGAUAUGCUCCAAUGCCAUCUGGGACAUACUCCACCAACUCACCAGCCAAUUUGAUGUCAAAUCCCCCAGCUCCCACACCUUUCUCACAAAAUUUCACAGAAGCUGCCAUGCUUGAACCGUCAUCGUCCACACCUAAUAUUCCUCCAGCGACGCUACCCCCUCAGCCAAGUAUUGGUCAACUACCUGGCAUGGGAUAUGUUGCUAAUGCUACAGGUACAUAUAUCCCAGUAGCCCAUCACUGGUGCUUUUGUAAGAAUGUUGAAGGACGUGACAUAUGGUAUCCAUUGUCAAUGGCAGAUAAUCUUGCUUUGGAGGAUGCUUUUAAAUCAGGUCAAGAGAGUACUUUAGUGAGUACAGAUGGUGGGAGAUAUGACGUGAAUCUGUCAGAGAGACGUCGUUAUGCUGUGUUCUGGGAAGAAGAGCCGAAGGUCAUUCAGAGAUGUAGCUGGUUCUAUAAACGAGAGGGGGACAACCGCUAUGUUCCAUAUGAAGAAAAAUUUGCUCUUCGCUUAGAGGAAGAAUAUAAGACAGCAGUUACUAGUGGAGUUUGGCAUAAACCGAUACAGUUUGAGGGUGGAGAGUCGGUUGUGAUGCAUAACCCUACAGUAAUGGUACAUUAUCAGGCCUCGUCCCAGCCUGACGAGUGGGGAACUGUCCAGGGUGUCAACAUAGGGUCACCUGAGGGUGAACAGAUGCGUCCACGUGUUGUGAAGAGGGGAGUUGAAGAUUUUGAAUCAGUAGACGAGGGGGAGUCAAGACAGGUGGAUCAUCUAGUGUUUGUUGUACAUGGUAUUGGUAGUACAUGUGACUUCAGGUUCAGAAGUAUUGUAGAAUGUGUUGAUGAUUUCCGAUCAAUAUCUAAAAGUUUGUUGUCUAGUCAUUUUACACAGUAUGUAGAUAGCAAUAGAAUAGGUCGUGUCGAGUUUCUACCUAUACACUGGCAUACAGCACUACACGGUGAUGCUACAGGAAUUGACAAGAGAAUAAAGGCCAUAACAUUACAGAGUAUAUCAAAGUUACGAAAUUUUGUCAACGAUACAGUGUUAGAUGUAUUAUUCUAUACUAGUCCUACAUACUGUCAGUGUAUAGCAGAUACAGUAGGACAAGAAAUUAACAGAUUGUAUGAUUUAUUCCUGACAAGACAUCCAAACUUCUCAGGUGGCGUGUCAGUGGCAGGACAUAGUUUAGGGUCGUGUAUACUAUUUGACCUACUGCAUAAUCAAGCGGACCCGACAAUGACCCCUGACAGAAAUUCAGAGUUGAGCAAUGGUAGUCGAGAACUGUCCAGGGAACCUACACCUCAGCCAUCAUUUACUAGUCAAACAGAGAGUGAAGUUGAGCCAACUGAGACUGGGGACCAAUUACAAGAGGAAGAUUCUACUCUAACACUGGCCGAAUUGCUGUCAAAAGUUGGAUUACAAGAAAAACUGUCAUUGUUUGAGCAGGAACAGAUUGAUAUGGAGUCAUUGAUAAUGUGUAGUGAAUCUGAUCUGAAAGAUCUUGGUUUACCGAUGGGUCCCAGGAAGAAAUUACAGGGUAUUCUCAAAGAUGAACAAAUGAAAAAAGACACGAAACAGAGAAAUGAGGUGAAGAAGGCCAAACAGGCCGAAGACGCCAGAAUACGAGAGCAACUUGCCGCAGAGAUGGCACUUCAACAACAGCAACAACAAGUAAAUCCACAUAAAUCUUCAAGUUUAUCGGUGGACUACAUUAUGGGUGUUGGGGGCACUGGCCAGCCUCACAUUAAGUUUACCCAGCUCAAGUUCAAUCCUGUAUGUUGUUUUGCUCUCGGUUCUCCAGUGGGGAUGUUCCUGUCCGCACGAGGAGUUGAAAAUAUAGGAGAAGAUUUUAAACUUCCAACGUGUCAAAAAUACUUCAACAUAUUUCAUCCAUUUGACCCAGUGGCAUACAGGUUAGAACCACUUAUUAACCCAUCUAUAGGUAAUAUGAAACCAGUCCUGAUGCCACAUCAUAAAGGAAGAAAACGUCUACAUUUAGAAUUAAAGGAGAGUUUAGCUAGAAUGGGUACAGACAUUAAACAGAAGAUCAUCGAUUCAGUGAGAUCGACGUGGACAUCUAUAAAUAACUUUGCACGCGCGCACCAGUCCGAUGGGAGUAGUAUAGAGCAGCAGGUGGAGUCGGAGAUGUCACAGAUCAGUAGACAGCUAGAGGAUGACGACAGAUCUGAUACGGCUUCUGUAACGUCUGGCUUCGAGGAGGAUAUAUACGUAGGACAACUUAACGAGGGUAGACGAGUAGAUUAUGUGUUGCAAGAGAGACCUAUAGAAAGUUUUAACGACUACGUCUUCUCCCUUACUAGUCAUGGUUGUUACUGGAACUCUGAGGAUACUAUGCUAUUGGUGCUGAAGGAGAUUUAUGCAUUAUAUGGAAUUUCACCACAAAUACCUGGUGCCGAUUCACAAGCCGCUCAGAGACAAAGAGUGGGACCUCCUCCCAAAGGGCAAUUCCCCUCUACUUCCUUCCCAGGGAUGUCACCGGGGAAUCUGAACAACUCUGCUGUACCUCCGCCCCAGAAUUACGCUGCUAACAGCCUCAGAUCACCACAGCAACCUCCCAAAAUGUUCCCAGUUUCAAAUACACCCCCGCCAGGGCCUCCUCAAAUGACAAUGGCAUCAAAUCUGCCCCCAUUAUCUGGGCCUCCUCCAUUUAGUAUGGGUCAGUCACCGAGAGCAGCUGCUCCCAUGGGACCCCCUCCAAUGGCUGGAUUUAUGAAAAAGACUUGAUAGUCGAAAUAUAAUUUAAGAUUUCAAAUUAUUAAAAGAUUACAAAACUUGUGAUAAUAAAUUAUUGCUUUUAAACCAGGUGAUGAGCCAGUGAUGGUUACAAGAAAAUUUAAUUGAUUCUUAAAUAUUUUCAUCUUUAACCUGCAAAUGGGUAAUGCUUUGUUUUAAAUUCAGAAUUGACCAAUAUGGAAUAGGGCAGACAACGAUCAGUCAUGAACGUGCCUGCUUAUCUUGGUCAGCACUGAUGGCAUGGUUAGAAUCAUUUGCAACUAGCAGGUUGAGUGUUAGAGUAAUUGAAUCAGAGUAAUUAAAUAGACAAUAUUGACUAUCACAUACUCAAAUUUAAGCUGUGUCAUCAUACACUCUUACAAUGCUUCAAGGUGAUGUAGGAGAGUUUGGGAAAUUGAACACUUUACUGUUAUGUGCGAAUAACCAGUGUUAAGGACAUGACCGUAUUUUGUAAUAAAGUUGUAAAUAUUGAGUAUUAGCUUGCCUGCUUUUUUUAUGCCACCGCAGCAUCUGCGAUGCGGUGGCAUAUAGCGAUUCACCUGUGUGUGUGUGCGUGUGUUGGUGUGUGUGUUUGUGUGUGUGUUAUAUAGAUUAUAUAGUGAACUUAAAAAAUCUUCUUGUGAAAAACCACGAGUCCAAUUUCAACCAAACUUGGCAGGAUUGUUCCUUGGGUGAAGGGCUUCCAAAGUUGUUCAAAGAAUUUAAUUCCAUGCAGCAAUCUGGUUGCCAUGGCAACCAAAAGGAAUUAUAAGAAUAAAUUUAAAAAAUCUUCUUGUAAAGACCCAAAAGGCAUAGAGCUUAGAUAUUUUGCAUAAGGCAUUGUCUGGUAGACCUCUAACAAGAUUGUUCAAAUUAUAGCCAUGGGGUCAAAAUUGGCCCCGCCCCGGGGGGUCAUUGAUUUUCACUAUGUACAUAUAGUAAAAACUUAAAAUACCUUCUUGUAAAAACCCAAAAGGCCUAGAGCUUAGAUAUUUUGCAUAAGGCAUCGUCUGGUAGACCCUUACCAAGAUUGUUCAAAUUAUAGCCCUGGGGUCAAAAUCGGCCCGCCCCGGGGGUCAUUGGUUUUCCUUAUAUGUAUAUAGUAAAAACUUAUAGUAAAAACUUCAAAAAAAAUUCUUCUAGCAAUUGACAAAUGCUAGAGGUUAGAUAUUUUGCAUGAAACAUUGUGUAGUAAACCUCUAGCAAGAUUGUUCAAAUUAUAGUCCUAGGGUCAAAAUUGCCCCCGCCCUUGGGGUCAUUGAUUUCAAUAUAUACAUAUAGUAAAAAAUAAAUAAUUCUUAUUGUCUGAAGGUACAAGGCUUAGAGCUUUAAUAUUUGUUAAAUAAUAUCAUCUAAAGGUACUCUACAAAAGUUAUUCAAAUUUUGCCUCUUGUGUCAAAAUUAGCGCCGCCCCCGGUGGCCAUAGGUUUUCCUUAUAUAUAUAUAUAUAUAGUAAAAACUUAAAAAAUCAUCUUCUCUAAAUUUACAAAAGCUAGAGUUAAGAUAUUUUGCAUGAAACAUUGUGUAGUGAACCUCUUGCAAGAUUGUUCAAAUUAUAGCCCUGGGGUCAAAAUUGGUUCCGCCCCGGGGGUCAUUGAUUUUCAUUAUGUACAUAUAGUGAAAAGAUAAAAAGUAUUUUUGUCUGAAGGUACAAGGCAUAUAGCUUUGAUGUUUGAUAUAUAAUAUCAUUUAUAGGUUCUCUACCAAAGUUGUUCAAAAUUUUCCCCUGGUGUCAAAAUUGGCCCUGCCCGGGGGCAGUGAUUCUCAUUAUGUACACAUAGUAAAAACAGAAAAUAAAACAAAUGUUUUCUGAAUGGGAGAAAGCUAUAGCUUAGAUUUUUGACUUGAAAUGUUGUUUGGUGGACCUGUAUCAAAAUUGUUUUGAAUUAAACCCUUGGGUCAAAAUUAUGCCUUGCCCAAGGGGACAGUGACCUACUUUCUUGUCCUUUGAUGUACAGCAAUGACAUUUUGACCAUGUGCACAGUUUUAGUUGAAAAAUUGAACUUUGAUAUCAGGUGACCUAGAUUUUGAUGAUGUGACCUACUUUCUUGUCCUUUGAUGUACAGCUAUGAAAUUUGAACCAUGCGGUGGCAUAGCAUUUUUCUCAAAUGCAAUCUUGUUUCACUCAACAUUUAGAACAGUUGACAUUAUCAUAAGAUCUUGCUAAAAUUGUCAUUUUGUCUAGACUUACAUUAGCUUGUCCAUCUUUCAUAACUUAUAGUUCAGACCAUGUUCAGACAGCACAGGUGUGCAGACGGAUCUUGGUCUGCACUGGUUGCAUGGGUAAUAUUAGUUUCGGCAACCAGGUUAACAGUUAAACAACUCUGAGGAAGUGUCACAGUGCAAGAGUGUGGUAUACAAUACUGUAUGAAAUGACAAUGGCUUAAGGAUCAUUAUAUGAGAUUAUAAAUGGUAAAAUGCCAUAUUUGAAAUGCCACCCAAUGACUUCACACAAUGUUAUAUAAAACGAGUGCAAUGUUAAGAAAUAGGUAAUAAUUUUAUCACAAUUUAAACAAGUAGUGAUAAGUCUUAUGAUAUAUAUAUUUAUGAAAAAUAUAUGAUAAUCAACAUUAAUUUUUGUCAGCUCUGUAGGGCAGCUGUUAAAGGGACUCCACUGAGGUUUUUUAACUUGACAGGACUGGAAAUAGAUUUUUGAGAUUAUUGUUUCUUUUGAUGUUUUUCUAGACAAAUAACUUUAUUUUAAAAUCAUUUUCUCAGUCCAUUUUUCCAGUAUAACUAUUCUAAUUGUGAAAAGAAGACCCAAAAUUGAAAAGCGUUGCAAGGGCUUUUUUUACUCAAAUUUUUUUACUCAAAUUGGGCUAAGAAUAGCACAGAAAUAUGAUUUUCACUUUAUUUCAUAGUAUAUUUACUUAACUGUCUUAAGUGUAACUUUCUGUAUGUAAGAAAUUAAUUUUUUUAUGAUUUAGGCUUUUUAACCUCAAUGGAGUUCCUUUAACAGAAUUGUUGAUUUUUAAUAAGAAUGAAAACAGUGUCAUAUAUUUGUUUGUUUUACACUUAAACCUAUGUUCUCAUAUUGAGUUUCGAUUUUCUUUUUAUUUUUGCAUUUUAUGAGAAAAUAUGUUCACUAGUUUGAAGCAGUUUUCCUGUUUUUGUAUGUUAUAAAAAUGGACCAUGCCAUACCAAGUUUUUGAAAAUAUUUCAGCCUGCUUUGAGUUUGUGUUAUUUUCUGAUUUGAUUUGACUUUUAUGAGUUUGAAUUAACUUAAAUGUCUUGUAUGUAUGUAUAUAUUAUUGUUAAUUAUUUAAUUCUUGUUGUUGGCUAUGGUGCAGUGUAUAUUAAUAUAUGAUAAAAAAGUAUCAAAGUUUAUAUAUUUCAGACAUUUUCAUACAUAAUAUGUAUCAGCAUGCAGGAAUCUGUUGAAUAUUAUUUGUUUCAUUUAGAUAUUACAAAAAUCUGUUAAACAGUGAAAAUAAAAAUGUGUUUUUCAGUUGCUGGUGCAGUCUUGUUGGCCAAGUGGUUAAGGGCCACUGACUUUAAACCAUUGGCCUCUCACCCGUCCCUGAAAAUUUGAA